GGCGGCGGCGGCGGUGGCGGCCGUGGUCUGGACCCAGGCAUCUGGGACUGUUGUUUUCUCCCGGCGGGACCGUCUCAGCCCGUUCGCCCAGAGAGAGACCAGUAGCUGGUGUGCCGAGGAGCGGGCGGCCGCGUCCUCCUCUCUCCUGCUUCCCAAAGCUGCUGCAGGAGCUGGCGCAAACAUCCUGCGGUUGGUCUCCGAUGCCCUUCACUGAGGAGGGGGCGUCGGGACCCCGGUAAGCUCACCUUAGGCCCUCAACUCGGCGUCUUCGUCAGCCCCCUGGCCCGCACACCCCAGUCUGCCUGCCAUGGCUGAAAACGCAGACGGGGACCUGAACUCCAACCUGCUCCACGCCCCUUACCACACUGGGGACCCUGAGCUAGAUACGGCCAUCGGGCAGUGGCUCCGUUGGGAUAAGAACCCCAAAACAAAAGAGCAAAUUGAAAAUCUGUUACGGAAUGGAAUGAACAAGGAACUGCGAGAUCGUCUUUGCUGCCGAAUGACUUUUGGGACUGCAGGCCUUCGUUCUGCUAUGGGGGCAGGAUUUUGCUAUAUUAAUGACCUUACAGUAAUACAGUCAACACAGGGGAUGUACAAAUACCUUGAAAGAUGUUUCUCAGACUUCAAGCAGAGGGGCUUUGUCGUUGGGUAUGACACCCGGGGGCAAGUAACUAGCAGCUGCAGCAGCCAGAGGCUUGCUAAACUCACUGCUGCAGUCUUACUGGCCAAAGAUGUUCCUGUGUACCUUUUUUCAAGAUAUGUUCCUACACCUUUUGUACCAUAUGCAGUCCAGGAGCUCAAAGCAGUUGCAGGUGUGAUGAUUACGGCCUCUCACAACCGCAAAGAAGACAAUGGGUACAAGGUUUAUUGGGAAACAGGUGCUCAGAUCACAUCUCCUCAUGAUAAAGAAAUUCUGAAAUGUAUAGAAGAAUGUGUGGAACCCUGGAAUGGUUCCUGGAAUGAUAAUUUAGUGGAUACCAGCCCACUGAAGAGAGAUCCCCUGCAGGACAUUUGUAGGAGAUACAUGGAAGAUCUGAAAAAGAUCUGCUUUUACAGGGAAUUAAACUCAAAGACCACCUUGAAAUUUGUACAUACAUCUUUUCAUGGGGUUGGACAUGACUAUGUGCAGUUGGCUUUUCAAGUGUUUGGUUUUAAACCUCCAAUUCCAGUACCAGAACAAAAAGAUCCUGAUCCUGACUUUUCUACGGUUAAAUGCCCAAAUCCUGAAGAGGGAGAAUCUGUGCUGGAACUUUCUUUGAGACUGGCAGAGAAAGAAAAUGCCCGGAUAGUGGUAGCCACAGAUCCUGAUGCAGACCGACUGGCAGUGGCAGAACUUCAGGAGAAUGGUCAUUGGAAAGUUUUCACAGGGAAUGAGUUGGCAGCUCUGUUUGGGUGGUGGAUGUUUGAUUGCUGGAAGAAAACUAAAUCAAGAAAUGCUGAUGUGGAGAACAUUUAUAUGUUAGCCACCACAGUCUCUUCCAAAAUUUUGAAGGCAAUUGCACUUAAAGAAGGAUUUCAUUUUGAAGAAACAUUACCAGGUUUUAAAUGGAUUGGAAGUAGGAUAAAAGACCUCCUGGAAAAUGGCAAAGAAGUCCUUUUUGCAUUUGAAGAGUCUAUUGGUUUUCUGUGUGGAACUGCAGUUCUGGAUAAAGAUGGGGUGAGUGCAGCCGUUGUUGUUGCUGAGAUGGCAUCUUACCUGGAAACCAUGAAUAUAACAUUGAAACAGCAACUGAUUAAAGUUUAUGAAAAGUAUGGUUAUCAUAUGUCAAAAACUUCAUAUUUCUUGUGUUAUGAUCCAACUACCAUCAAAAGUAUAUUUGAAAGGCUUCGCAAUUUUGAUUCUCCAAAAGAAUAUCCAAAAUUUUGUGGGACAUUUGCUAUAUUGCAUGUACGAGACAUUACCACUGGAUAUGACAGCAGUCAGCCUAAUAAAAAAUCAGUGCUGCCUGUGAGUAAAAACAGCCAGAUGAUUACAUUUACUUUUCAAAAUGGCUGUGUUGCUACUCUUCGGACAAGUGGGACAGAACCAAAGAUAAAGUAUUAUGCAGAAAUGUGCGCAUCACCUGACCAGAGUGACACCACCUUACUAGAAGAAGAACUGAAGAAACUCAUUGAAGCUCUGAUUGAGAAUUUUCUUGAGCCCAGUAAAAAUGGGCUGAUCUGGCGUUCCGCUUAAUGGAUGUUGGUCCAUCACGACUCUGCUGGCAGACGAACAGGACAGCCGGGAUCUCCAGGCACCGAACUCGUGUUAGCGUUCUCCCUCUCUCUCAUCUGGCCGAGUAUCUGUUUCCUUUUCUUUUCUUUCUUUUUGGUUGGCUGACUAAACAAACUGUAUAACUUUAAAAUGAAAUGGUCUAGAGAAAAAAUAAGUCAAAUUUUUUCAUAUUCUUGAACAAAAGUAUUACAUUAAAAGUGUUAUAAUAACACAUCAUUCUUCCUUUAAUGGAAACAAAGCAGUGCAAAAGUGAGAGUUCUUGUUGAAGUGUGAUUAAGUAAGCUUAGUUCCAUAUUCUUGUAAUUGUGUAUAGCAUGGAUUUUAAAAUAGGCAGUUAAAUGUUAUAUAAUUGUAGAAUUAGUUAAAGAAAUAAUUUGAUAAAACUGGCAAGAAAACAGCACUAUUCUCAGAAUACUAUGGAAAAGUGUCAGUGUUACAUCAUAGGUAUUGACUUACAAAUUAGAGUAUUUGAAAUAGGACAUUUAGUAUUUCUAGCUUAGAACAGAUGUUGCAAAUGUGGUUCAUAGCUCUUCGGUUUUAGGUGCUGUUGGUGCAGUGUAAAUUUAUUGAAUGUAUUUGAAAUUCCAACGUGUACGGAACAUAAAACAAUAGUGGCAACACUCCUAGAAGCUUUGUCCUUGUCAAAUUUCUCAGUGCCUUCUCUUGGUACAGUAUAAGUUGAAACAGUGUUCCUGUAUUGAAUAUCAUUUAGUCAGUUAAUUUUCAGGCAGUUAAGGAAAAUCUUCCAAACUAUAUGGGUGCUUUUCCUCUGUAUUAAUAGGUUUGCUGACUUUAAAAUCUUAUGAAUGUAUAUAAAAAUCUUAAUAAACGCAGCCUCAGUGUAACUGUAAUUAGGCCGCUUCAUGUUAGAAUUGAGGGUCAGUUAUCACAGCCUUUGAGUAAAGAAAAAAAUCUGAACUGAGACUGGAGCUCUGAAUGUAUUUAAAAGUCUAACUUCUGAAUUACAUUUUUAUAAGUAGAUUUAUUCCUUGAUCAGAUGAAGUAAUGCUAAUUUUACUAAGAAAUAAAACAUUCAGAUUUUAGGUAUUAUGAACACUAAAACUACAGUCCAGUUUAUCCUAACAUCUUGCUGGCUUCUGUAGAAUUUCUGAUCACAAGAGUAACUAUUUAUCUUUUCUAAUGUGGAAAAAAAAUGGAAGGGCAAUUGUUGACUCUGCAGUCUCCUAAAAAUGGCAGUGGAGAAGCUCUGUUCAACCUUCUCAAAGUAUAUCCUGUUGUGUGUAGCUCACAGAAUACGUCAAUACAUGUGGUAUAGCUAACAGGUAACAAUAACAAGGCCUUGAGCAUAAUUAUCUAAACAAAUUGCCUACAGACAAUAACUGGUGAGAAUGUAUUUCCUAAAAAAAUUUCUUUAAAAAAUGAUGACAUAAAAUUUGAACUGAUUGACAUACUUGUUAAACCAUGGUUUGGUUUGUUGUAGCUGUUGGCUAACAUUUGGUUGAACCCAUAUAAUCCACAUAUAAUUUUCAAAUUAUUGUAUUGCCACUAUUGUUAAUUUGUUCCUUUCUUACUUUCCUAUAUUGGGAUCUUGUGUGACUGUAGAUAUAGACAGCUAACUAACUGUAGAGCACUGUAUUGCUAAAUGAGUUUGUUUUCAAAGGCUUUGCACUCAAAAAGAAAUGUAGAAUUUUUUUUGCUUUAUUUGCUUUUAGGGAUAUGUAGACUGUACUUUAGGAAAUGGCCUAUAUUCUACAAAGUGGUAUGAGCAAUGCUAUAUAUAUGGAAAAUAUGUAUAUUUGGUUUGUGUCUGUUUUUCAUUGACUGAAGAACAAAGUGGAGCUAAAAUGAUACAAUAGCCCAUUUAUGAUCCCUCAAGCCAUGUUAUGAUUGUCAUUCUGUUAUAAAGAGAACAGCUUUAUUUGAGUGCUUUAAUGUAAUGCAACAUUUAAGUCAUCUUAAUCAAGGUGAAAAGUUAUUAAAGUGUGGAUUCUUAUCUCAAGAAUUUAAAAAUCCAAAGUUAAAAUUAACAGAAUUUUACGAGUAUUCCCAAAGUGUAUUAAUUGAGGGAAUUAUUUAAUUCUAGCCAAGCUCUCAAGUCUGUCUGAGUGUGAUAUAUAACAUGAACUCAACAUAGUGGGCGUACAUUUGCCUAACAGGAUAAUUCAGUAGCCCACGCCAACCAGGACAAACGGAAGUGCUGCCCAGUAGGCCGCAGCCUGGGGCUGUGCAGUGUUUACCUUUUUUAUUUAUGAACAGUAGCAUGGAAAUUGAUGUAUUCUCACUGAGUGUGCAGGUCAAAACUGGGCUUCGCUAGAGCUCUGGGGAAAAGGAAAGAAUCAGGCAAGAUUAAAGUAUAGGUUAGAAAUAAACAGUAGAAAUAAGCAACAAUAGAAGGGUCAAUAAAGGUAGCACAGGAAAUACUUUUUGUCAGGGGCAAACUUAUCACCCUAAAAAUAAGGAAUAAACUGUGAGCAAGUUGUUUAGUUGUGUAUAUUUGUUGUGAUGAUGAGUGAUUAGCGAACCUUUCGAUUUCUUUUAUUAGUGACCAUUGAAGAGGCCAAGUUGUAAGACAUGAGAAAAAGUACCCCUCUGACUGAUUCAGUUUCUAGGAUGUUGUUGUUUCCUAGGAUCACAGGGGACUGGGAAGAGGAUACAGCCAAAAUAAAAAGGAAUAAAGUAGAGAUGAAAAUAAAACCUGUGAGAAAAGCAAAAAAAUUAAGAUCAUUUAACUCUCGAGAGGAGAAAGCUGUUGAGAUAGUUUUAAGCUAUUGGGUUGUUUAUUGAACAGCUUAAACUAAGAAGCAAUGUGAUAAACUAUUCUCCAUCUCCAGCAAGGAUGAAACAGGAGGGAAUAAGAAACUUAAAAAAAAAAAAAAAAAAAAAAAGACAACAUGAAUCGUCUAAGAUUUAAAAACUUGAGCAGGAAUCAUUAUGAAGCCUUCUAUUUGAAUUUUUUUAAGAGAAUAAAAAAUUUUAAUAGGGAUAUCCUAAAUGGCUUUUACAGAUUCCUUCUAAACCUUUUUUUAAAAACUCAGGUUGGAACAAAGAUGUCAUAAAGAGCACUGAAAGUAACAUUUGAAUUUCACUCCAUAUCUGUAAGAAUUUAGCUCACAGAAGAGAUUCUUUUUAAUAUGUUGAAUGGUAAAUGCAUGAGUGCAGUAAGUAAAGAACUGCUUCGAUGUUAUUUUUAAUUUAAUCUGGCAAAUUAAGUGAGACUUGAACACAAUUUUGUUUAUCUUGAAGAAUGUAUAGCAUUAUAGGAUAUUUGAGGAGUUUGUUUUAAAUAUUGAGUAUUGUUUGGAUGUAGUAACUUCAGCAGAGAGUUUCUAAGAAAUUGGAUACUUUGGAAUAUCUUUAUAUAAGAAAUAGAACUCCUGUUUCAUAAAAAGAUUGCUUCUGGAAUUGAUGCUAUUAGCUGGAGUUUAAUGGAGCAAUUGUUCUAUGAGCUGCUGCUGUUGGUAUUUCUCUCAGAUCUUUUCCAUUGUUGUUCGUGAUGCUUGAAAAAUCCAAAUUCAGCUUGGAGAAAUUUAAUGUUAUGCCCUUUUUUCUCUACCUCCCUCUUUCCCUAUAUGCCCUCCCACAUUUUGUUACUGUGAAGUGAUUGCCCUGUUACCUCGCUGAUCAAUCCUAACUGUAUCCUUCAGAGUGCUUUAAACUUAUUCAUAACCUAAGUUGGUUUGUGGACUUUUGGGUAUUUUGUUAUUGUAAGAAUAAGACAUUGUAAGAAGUAAUUUUAAAUCUGUUUCAUAAUUUUUUGUGGUCUGUCUGGAUACUAUAUAUAUGUUAAUUUAUUUUGGCCUUUUACAAUUCACUUGUUUUCUAAGAUUGCUCUAAAAACUGAUGGGGAAAGAAUCAUACUAACCAAAAUGAAUGGUCAGUUGAGCUAGCAUUUUCUUUUCAGUUUCCUUGUGCUUUGGGCAACCAAAGCACAAGAUUUGAGGAAAUACUUUUUUGUAUUUGUGCCUCAAAGUGUCUUACCAUAAGCCAUAAGGGGUCUGAAUAGAAAGAGAAUCUCUCAUUGUCUCAUUACACAGCAUGACUUUAGUGCUAGUUGGAAACAAAGUUAUCAUUACCUUUGGCUACUUUAAAAUAUUCAUCAUAAUGUUAUAUUCAUUAAGCCCUCUUUUCUCUUUAUUAAUUAAAGACUAUGUACUUAAAAAAGAGAACAUGCAAGAAUGAGUAAAGCAACCAAGGUAAGGGCAAAGUGACAUAGCUGAAGUUUGCUUCUCAAUUUUUCCCAGCAGCAUGACCCUCGAACAGGAUGUGUCGGGGAAGAGGCCUUCUGAAAGCAAAGUCGGAAGCAGCCUACCACUCAUGAAAUUUCAUGUUGCAUCUCAAAAAUUAAGUAGAGUUUGCAUUCUCCAUAAUAAGACUGUGCUGAUAUAAAAAUUAUUCCUUCAAUCUUCACCAAAACUGGUGCUGCCAGAAAGGAGCACCGUGUUUAUCAUGUGGCCUCUCAGUUUUCUCCCCAAAACCCCGCUUUGAUUGCUGCAUAUCCCUGGGCGCACACACACACUGACUCCAGUGUGAGAAACAGAACAUAUCUAGGAUAUUCCCUGCCCUUUGGAAGCUGACCUUUGAAAGGCCAAGUUUAACUGACCUGAAACAAAUAUGUUACCAAUGAAUCUUAUAAUAUAGUUGCGGUUUUAGCCAAUUUGUUCUCUUUAAUUUAUUGACAUUCUUUGACUAAGAUCCUUCUUGACUAUCAGCUUCCUUUAUUAUUUUUUCAUAUCCACACCACCUAGUACAGUACCUUUUAUAAAAUGCUUCACUGAUGAUAAUAGUAAUUAAGGGAUUAUGUUUUAAAGAAGCAAAGCAUUUAAGAACAGUCAAAAAUAUAAUUGUCUAAUUCAGCUUUUAAAACAAUUCUUAUUGAAAUUUAUAAUAAGUAAUGUUUAUUAAGCACACACACCCGUAAAUAUUCAGUUUCUUUGGAGGAAGAAAUUUCCUAUUUGGAAAUUAUGUGUAACACCUAGUAUUUUACACUCAAAGCAAGGUAUUGGCCAAGAGGCUAAGAAAGUGUCUAUGAAGACUUAACAUCAUUAAUAUAAGUGCCAUUUUGAGUCUCCUAGUGCUACCUUCCAAUAGUAACAACUAACUUGAUACUAUUUGGUAUAUUGUUGUUAGGUGUUAAGGUUCAGCAUAUAUCUUACAAGAGCCACUCAAGCAAGAAUAUGAAUCUAUACAUGGUGAGGCCUUCUUCUUAUAGGCUAAUAAACUCUUCGUGUACAUUAUUGAAUAUGCCAGGUAAAAUACAUGCAGUUAAGAAUUAUUUGGUUUUCUGACUGUGUAGCAGCAGUUCAAAAUUGUGCCCUUGUUUUAACAGUUUCUGUCAAUAUCUUCCCAUUUUUCCCUAAGAAAACACCAGGGUGUAUCAUAAAUACUGCCUGUGAGAAUUUGCACUUUAAGUAUUUGUGUGUGGAUUUCUUGUGGUUUUAGCCAAAUGUUAUCAAUAAUAAACAGGUCUCUUCAUAAGCAUGAAUUUUUGUGUAAUUUUUAUAUCUUAGACACUGUGUAGUUCAUAAAGAUUGCUACCCAAACUAAAUACAUUUUUAAAAUAUACGUGUGGCAUACCCUAGAAUCUACAUUGAGCCUAAAUAAAUAUUUUAGUUCUUUAUUCAGUAAGUAUUUUUUGAUUGGUUCAUCAG